UAACCCACGCAGCAGUAGCAACAACAACAACAAAAUUACGCGAUAAACAAUACGAAGCCGAUUUUUAGCAAUUAAACGCAAUGAGUGUAGCCAACACAGGAGCAGCGUCCCAGGAUGCGUGCUACAUAUCACUGCUAGGACUCGCCGAAUACUUUCGUACCUCUCAGCCACCAAAUAUUAAGAAAUGCAUACAGUGUUUACAGGCGCUCUUCACUUUUCAGCCGCCUUCAAAGGUGGAGGCGCGCACACACCUGCAAAUGGGACAAGUACUGAUGGCCUACACGUGUAACAUAAAUUUGGCGCGUCAACAUCUGGAACAGGCGUGGAACAUUUCAGAGCCUCUCAUGAAUUUCGAUGAUGUUAAGUUCGACACAGCCUCGCUAUUAGCACAAUUGCACCUGCAAACGGAGCAGAGUUCACACGCCAAAGCGAUGCUACGAAGAGCUGUUGAAUUAUCACAAAACAAUGUUUACUGGCACUGCAAAUUGCUGCUGCAGCUGUCGCAAAUACAUGCCAACGAUCGUGAAUACUCGCUGGCCAGUGAUCUGUUGGCCGUUGGCGCUGAGUCGGCCGAGGAGGCGGGUGCCACAUACCUGAAGGUGCUAUUUCUUCUCUCACGCGCAAUGAUUCUGAUGAUUGAACGCAAGACGAACGAUGUGCUUGCGCUGCUUAAUUCAGCGGGUCAAAUCAUAGACAAUAACAUACCCAAUCCUCAUCAAAAAGAGUACCUCAAAGUGUUCUUCCUAGUGCUGCAGGUGUGCUACUAUUUGGCCCUGGGCCAGGUCAAGACAGUCAAGCCAAGUCUGAAACAGCUACAAAUGUCCAUACAGACAAUAAUGGCGCCCAAUUGGCCAAGUGAUGAGCUCAUCUUUGGUUCCAAUCAACUUGAGAUGUUUGUCUGGCUACCCAAGGAACAGCUGUAUGUGCUCGUCUAUCUGGUCACCGUCUCGCACUCCAUGAUGGCGGGCUACAUGGACAAGGCGCAAAAGUACACGGAAAAGGCGCUCACACAAAUUGAGAAGCUCAAAAUGCAGGAGGACAAGUCCAUUCUAUCCGUCUUCAAGGUCAUACUGCUGGAACAUAUUGUCAUGUGUCGCAUGGUCAUGGGAAAUCGUGAGCUAGCCAUUCGGGAGAUAGCCGCUGCCCGUGAUGUUUGCCUGGCAGCGCCGCAUCGCAAACUCCUCAAGCGUCACUCCGCACAACUGCAUUGCCUUAUCGGUCUGUAUUCCAUGUCCACGAGCUUCUUUGAGCAUGCCGAACGGCAGUUUUUGGUAUGCGUGAAUGAGACAAGCGAAAGAGAUCUCAAGCUCUUUGCCAAUCUCAAUCUGGCCAUAAUAUAUCUGCGUACAAAACGGGAUGCGGAUCUCAAGCAAAUACUCGAUGCGGUAUCCACAGAAAAUACGCACACGUACAGCAGCCAAGCGCUGAUGGGCGGAUUCUAUUACGUACAGGGACUUCACGCCUUCCACAAGAACAGCUUCCACGAAGCCAAGCGAUUUCUGCGUGAGACGUUGAAAAUGGCCAAUGCUGAGGAUUUAAAUCGUUUAACGAGCUGUUCGCUGGUCUUAUUAUCACAUGUCUUCCUUAGCAUUGGCAAUUCCAAGGAGAGCAUGAAUAUGGUAACGCCAGCUAUGCAAUUGGCCAGUAAAAUACCUGAUAUUCAUGUACAAUUGUGGGGAUCGGCGAUACUGAAGGAUCUGCAUCGUAUGUCCAAGGAUGCACAGCACGAAAAGGAGGCGUAUGCCAAUCAUGUUAAAUACUCAGAGAACCUGAUUGCCGAUCAGCGCAAGUGUGUGCAGAGUUCGCAUCAUGAGCUGGUCAACUGGUUUCAAGGCGAUCCGCCUGUGACGAGCGGCGUGCCACUUAAUCUGCCAGGCGGUGCUGUGGAGGCGUCCACAUCUGCGCUGCCGCCACCAGCGCAAUUUGGACAAUUCUACUAGACGACCAAGUGCAUAUAUAUCGAUACAUAAGCAUUUUAAUAACUACACUUGUAAGCUAAAUUAAAGUCUAAGGAAAUUCUAAAAACAAAAA